AUGGCUAGUCCAUCGAGUGAUUGGGUGCAACUCCAUCAACAAGCCAGCAUGCAUGGACAGGCAACAUCUUCCUUUGGAUUCUCAGAUGCCACCAUUGUUGAUGUACCAAGUGGUGCAUCUGAUCAUAGCAUAAAUCCAAGCAGCUCAUCGAUUACAUCAAGUACUGGUGAUCAGAGGUUGACCACUCAAGGUUGUGUGUCGAAGCCAGUCACAAGGAGGUCUAGAGCUUCAAAGAAGACGCCAGCAACCCUCAUCAAUGCCAGCACUGCUAAUUUUAGAGCCUUAGUGCAACAAUUCACUGGCUGUCCUCCUAGUACCUCAAUUUCAUUUGGAGGCCACAAGGGCCCAAUCAACUUGAAUUUUGGACUCGGAAGUGCACAAAACCAUAGCUGUGAUACUGCAGAAACGGAGCCUCUUGGUAACAGUUCUUAUCACAGACCAUCUCAGAUGCAGCGACCUAGGCAAAAUGCACAGCAACUGCACCAGGACCAAGGAUGCAAUGUUUCACUUGAUAAUCUUCCUAAUAGCAAUGCUUACUUCUCGGUUUCUAGUGACCUUGGACCACAUUUAGAGAUGCCAGCUGAUUAUGGGCUUUUCAAUAUGGACGAUAUUGCUUUGCAAGAGCUUGUUAACGACUCUUUCUCCGAUGAAAACAUGAACAAUAUCGAUUGCUUUUAG